AUGGCGCGCAAGUUCUUUGUCGGCGGCAACUUCAAGAUGAACGGGACUAUCUCGUCCAUCAAGGAUAUUGUCGAAAAUUUGAACAAGGCUCAACUAGAUUCCACUGUUGAGACCGUCAUAGCUCCGCCGGCCCUCUACCUCCUCCUUGUCCGCGAACACGCAAAGAAGGAAAUUGGCGUUGCUGCGCAGAACGUCUUUGAUAAGCCAAACGGUGCCUUUACCGGCGAGAUCUCAGUGCACCAGCUUAAGGAUAGUGGUAUCGACUGGGUCAUCCUCGGCCACUCCGAACGACGCACUAUCCUAGCUGAGAGUGAUGAGGUUGUUGCUUCCAAGACCAAGUACGCUACCGAGAAUGGCCUCAGCGUCAUCUGGUGCUGUGGCGAAUCUCUAGAGCAGCGAGAAGCUGGCAAGACCCUCGAAGUCAUCGCAGCUCAACUAGCUGCUUUGAAGUCACAGAUCUCGGAUUGGAGUAAGAUCGUCAUUGCCUACGAGCCUAUCUGGGCUAUUGGCACCGGCAAGGUUGCUACAACCCAGCAGGCCCAGGAGGUACAUGCAUCUAUCCGUGACUGGCUAGCCAAGGAGGUGAGCCAGAAGGUUGCCGAUGAAACCAGAAUUUUAUAUGGUGGCAGCGUCAGCGAGAAGAACUGCAAGGACCUCAGCAAGGAGAAGGAUAUUGACGGCUUCCUCGUCGGUGGUGCCAGUCUUAAGCCCGCAUUUGUGGACAUCAUCAACAGCAAGUCUUAG